UCUCAGCAUCAAUAUAUUGCCCUUUUAAGAAGCUCCGUACUCCCCUCCUUGCCUGUUUUCCUCUUGUGUGCAUUGCUGAAGGAAGCUGCUUCAUUCAGUACAGACGUUCAGGAAGCAGUAUUGUGAAGGUUAGAAUGGAUCAAUUCCUUUGUAAGAAUACAGGCAAAUAUCCGUGUACUGAGAGAUUUAGCAUGGACCAUAUCAUCGGACACUAACAAAAUCAGACGCUAAAGGGAAUUACGUGACGAGGUGUGCUGUGAUGCAGAGAAGCCCAAAACAGCAAGGCUGACACACUGUGACAUUGUAUACUUCAGAAUCCAGCAAUGCCCUAAAAAGAAACAGAAACAGGAUUAAAUACAUCGUCACCUUUCCUAGUCCACUGCAGCUUAGAUAUUCUGCGACAGCGAAUUCAAGACCGACAGCACAGUGGAGCACAGAGGUAAAAACAGAGGCGUUAUGAAGGACAAAGAUUUUGUUGCCAAUGUAGAGAGGGGAAAGCCUGCUACAUACACUGGGGACAAGAAAGCAAAAAUGACAGCCAAAACCAAUAAAAAAUGGGUGAGACUAGCAACGGUAUUUGCCUAUGUACUAUCUGUGUCUCUGGCUGCUAUAAUUUUAGCUAUUUAUUACAGUUUGAUAUGGAAGCCUGUAAGGACCAGUGGUGACCAGACUAGUGGCAGCCACGAAGUAGAGGUCUCGACUUUUAUAAGCAAUGGCACAAUACCUGUGUCUAAUGAGACACCUACUAGCAGCAAUUCGAGUGUGAGUGUACGGGCCAAUUUAGUGUCAGUGAAAGCAUCACCUCUUUUUCAGGACACACUUAAAACAAGCCCUGCAACUCCUUCAGCAAACCCAAUGGACAUUCACACUGGGACUCAAACACCAACGUCCGAAAGAGCAACAAGAAACAGUGUGUUUGCAAAAACUGUAAUCACGCUACUUGUAACAGAGGACCACGCCACUGAGGAAAGUCCAUCAACCUUUCCAAGUUACAGUUCUCCAUCAGGGAUAGAGGCCUUAAAUCCAGAUUCAAACGAUCCUGCAACCAGCAGCACUUUGCCUGCACAUAUCCUACAAACAGGUUUCGCCACUCCGCUUAUGGACACAUCUGAAUCCCUUGAAGAUCCACCAGUCUGGACAACCAAAGAUGUUAAGGAGACCUCUGAAGAUUUUCAAGGGUUUACAUCAGCUCAAGACAUAACAGAUGUAACGGAUCACUCAUUUACUCCUAAUUUAAACGAAGAAUCGCUCGUAAAGGAUAGUACAACAUCAUUAAAAAAUCGAGCUGAAAUAAGCCAUGAGCCCCAGGACUCUACAGCUAGUACAAUGACAUAUUCAGGACACACAUCAGCUGCGGGAAGUCUAUAGCAACCUCUGAUAAUUAAUCCUCAGGGGGCAUUCAAGCCUUUAUUUAUUGGACAUCGCAUACUUAAUGUUAUUUCAACUCAUUCACCAUAACCACUUCCUCUAUUUGUGACUUAACAGCCUCCGUCUAUGGUUGAUUGUUCAAGACUAGUGGUAGAUGAAUAUUUUUGUUAGAUUUACAUGUAUUUUUAGAUGAUACAAUACGGGAGUUUAGGCUCAUAGACUGGAAAUUUGGAAAACUAAACUUUUUAAAUAUUGGGGGCGGAGGGGAAUAUUUUUAUUUAAAAUAAACUGUCUUGUUAUGUCAGUCCAGUAGGGAUACUUGUUAUAGUUAUGGAAUUAAACUGUUUAAUUGGAACUAAACCUCUCAAGGAGUGAAGCUCAGGUAUGAAGUAACAAGAAUGCGUAUCGAAACUUGUAUAUACUUAUAGUCUCAUCAGGGGGCUUAUUUACUAAACAGUGAAUUGAGGUGGCUUGACAACCGAGAAGCAAAAUGUUGGCUACAAAAGAAAAAUAU